AUGAUGCAUCCUUCGCCCCUCCAGCUGACCCUCCUGGUAGUGCUGUUCAUAAAGUUUUUUUCCCACGCGUUGCGAAAUUAUAAGAAGGUUAAAGUGAAGCCAUACAUCCAGGUAUGGCUGAAAAGGGAACACCCCAUUUAUACUAUCAGAAGGGAAAAGAAAAAGGAGAAAUGUUUUUCCCCCGGGAGGAAGACAAAAUGGAGGAGCUCCUUCGAGUUGUUCAGCGAUCAUGUGAAGGAUGGAAAUCGCGGCGAUGACGAGGAGGAAGACAACCUGGACCCUGACAACCCCAACGAUGGGGACCUUCGGGACGAUGAAAUUUCAUACGAAGACGUUGAAGAAUACCUGAAGAAGAACAAAUUUGAAACUGCCAAAGAAGACGAUGAAGGGAAAAAGGAAAUUAUUAAACUGAUUAACUAUCUGCCAACACUAAAAAAUGAGGAAGAAUUUUUUUCCAAGUUUGGCUACUCCAGUAGCGAGAAAAGGUCCAUGGAAUAUUACUUUAAUGAAAUGAAAGAUCUGAAGGAGAAGAAGCAGAAGAAGAACAACAACAUUUUAAAUUUUAUUUUGUCGUAUUAUUUGAAGAGAAAAAAUGGGAAUUCGCAGAGCGCCUUGAAGAAUUACCAAAGUGUGCAGUCUUACUAUGACUACAUUAACGACGUGAUGCACAACCGGCGUUCUUCUCUCUCUGUGGCGAGCGCCCAGCCAUCCAAGAAGGACAACAUAUUUUCGAGGAAGACGCUGUGCAAUUUUAUCUCCUUCUACCUGAAAAACGCAAAUGUAAUAAAGUACGCCUGCUUUCUCUGCCUUAGCGGACUGUUGACCUUCUCCCUGAAGACACUCAUAAGGCGCAUCAAACUGGAGGACAUGUUCCUCCUAAGAAACCACUUCCACUUGGUGUAUACACUAAAAAAUUUGCAUGUGUGUAAAAUAGGGGUCUUUUCCUUACUGAUGAAUUUUUUAUUCAUAAAUAAAUACAAUCAAUAUUUCUGCGUGACGGAAGAUUUGUUCGGAAUAUUAUUUUCCAAUUAUUUUGCCUACGAAGGGAUAAAUAAUUUAACCAAAAGGAAGAUCGAGGAAUUCAUGCUCAAGUAUAACUACACCCUGGAUGAUGUUCUAAACUCCAUGAAUGAUAUAUUUUCGCAUUACUUGUAUAGACAAAUAUGCACAAAUGAAACGAUGGAUGGAGACGUCCAUGUUGUAUUGAACUCCUUUGUACGUCUGUACCAUAAGUUGUUUCGAAGCAACAAGGAAAAUAUUAAAAAUAUUAUUAGCCUUGUGGCAAACAAGUAUAACGGGCACUCUGUAGAAAAAGGAGAAAAUAGGGACUCUGUGCUUUCGCGAAUUUUUUACAUUUUUUAUUUGUUGAAUGUUAUGUUUAAAUACGAUGUGGAUUCUGUGCAGAGGCUGAACCUCCACCGUAGGAACAGUCUACACAUUCCUUUCUUCGCACGACGCAAUCGGAUCUCUAGCUACUACCUCCUGGAUCACAUCGCACAGCAGAUGGGGGUGAAAGAAAAAACAAUAAACGACAGUUUGCUCGAAACGAUGAAGGGAAACUACGAGACGCACAUCCGGGGGCUCCUCACCAACAAGCAGAACUCCAGUAGUGUCCUGGAGGACGUGAAAAAAAUGGACUUCCUAACCUUGGAUGAGGCCAUUUUGGAGGAUGUGCACAAGGGAAUUUUCAUCAGCACACUUAAAAAGAUCAUGGAAGAUGAGAAUUACCAACCUGUUUAUUCUGUUCCUCGGGAGAAGGAAGGUAAAAUUGAGGCGACGUCUCUAGGAAGUGAGCAUGACAAGGUGAGUGAAAAGUACGUUGGUGAGGGGAACGACCAUUUGGAAGACGCCCCCUUGGAAGAUGAAGAUAGUUUUGCUCAUCAGGAGAGCGAUGCGGAGGACCAGUAUGACGAUUCCGCUGACCUGGAUGAUGACGCCACGGAGGGAGAUCCCACAAUAGACGAUUCGGACGACAACAUGUACAGACACCUGGAAAACAGUGUAGACUACAUCGUUAAUGAAGACGCAGCAAAAUCGGGGGAAAAUAAUAACAACAAAGGUAUGAUUAUGGAGAGGGAAAAAAAAGAACUGGAGGAAAAGAAACUCUUCCUGAACAAAUGGAAUGACAUCAAUUUUUUGAGGAAAUAUUUACACAUGGAUAAAAAAUACAUGGACAAAUAUUUGGAAAAGUACCUCUACGAUUAUAUCUACAGAGAGUACAAAAUUUUAAUUAACAAUUUAAUUUUUAAAAAAAUGAAAAACAAAAAUGAUCAUUUAUUUUUUUUGAAAAAAGGAAUAUCCAUAUCGAAUAGCGCAACGGAAAAUAUCAUCAAAAAUAUUUUGCUCAAUUUUGUAAUUAAGACGAAGGAAAACAUUGGCAUUUUUCUAAAGCUGGAAAAUAUGGAAAAAUGUCUACGGCUUAUACACAAUUUGAUCCAUGUGUAUAAGAAGAUAAAGAAGAAAAAAAAAUUAUUGAAGGUUCCAAGUGAUGAGCUUUUUAGCCUCGACGAUCUGUUUGCCUGUAACCGGUAUAAGGCGCUGGACGGGACAGGCAAGGGGGAAGUAGCUGAGAAAGGGGGACCCGACGGAGGAACACCUGGGGAAGGGUCAACCGGGGAAGAAGUAUCUGCAAACGGAUCAUUACCUGACGAUGCACCUGUUAAUGAAUUACCCCCCGAUGGACCUGCGGAGGAAGGCCUUCCCACCGAAGCGGACGAGGAGGAGUUCCUCAAAAGGAUCAUCCACAAAGACCACCUUGAGGGGGAAGACGGAGGAGAUGGAAAGGACGGCAUACUAUCCCAAGAGGAACGAAAAAAAUUGUACGAAGAGUUUGUAAUAAAACACAUGAAAAAUCAGUCAGAAAGGAAAAUCCUGAAAAUAAUUUUUAAUUUAAAUUACGACCAAGUAGACAGAGAAGUGGAGGAUAACAUCAUCAAACGGUUUUUAGACAAAAUCUGCACAAAGUAUUUAAGCAACAUGAAGGAAGUGGAUGAGAGGUACAAAAUUAUAGGACAGGAAAAUCUGUUCGAUUAUAAAAAUAUCAAUUUUAUGGAGUCCCUGGAGAGGGAGAAAUCGAAAAGGGGCCACAAAAAAGGGGGGGAACGAAGCAUACCCGAGAAGGACAAUUUAAUCAUUAGGAAGGAGGACAUUUUCGAGCACAUCGAUGAUGACUCAUUUGAAGAAAUUUGCAAAAAAAUGUACAUAAAUAAAAUUAAGGAAGCAAAAAAAAACCUAUACCAUAUGAGGAAAAAUUUAUACAUGUAUGAAAUUAUACUGAACAUUAAGAACGCGCAAGAAAUACACGACAUUUUCCUCAUUGAUGAAUAUGAAAAAAUGAUUAAGGAUAUUAUAAAAACGAAUAUUUUAAAUAAAAAUUAUAAGAAUAUAAAAAAUGUGUAUUUAAAAAAAAUUGUUAAUUUUUUAAAUUUGUCUGAUGAAAAAGCAGCUGACGUUGAAAUGAGGUGUAUUUUUUUACAGACGUAUGAAAUAUUUUCCUCAGUGAAGGAAAACUUCUACAUUUACCGAAGCGACUCCGACUUUUUCAAUAACAUUAACGAGAUUCUCACGAUAUAUAAAAACUUCGACCUGAUUAGAUCCCAGGGGAAGAAGUACUUUGUGAAGUUUUCCCUUAUCGAAUCCAACUACAAUUUGCUCCAUCGGAUCAUCGAGCGUUAUGUUCUUUACGUCAUUGACUUGAUCAACGACGAAAACAGAUCCCUGUACAAGGAAAACAUCUUUCGAUUGGCUGCUAUUUUCCGCGUCAGCCCAAACAUCAUCGAUGAGAUUGCCACAAGGAUAUACAAGAAAUACAUCGAGGGCCAAGACCUGCACGCCAUGAACAACAUGGACGCCUUCUUCAGCUUCCUCUUUAACAUGGACAAAGAGAGGCAGUGCGAAAUUGUCCUGGAGCACCUGCGAAAAAAAGUGGACAGCCACUUAGCCUCCGGAGAAGGCUUCCAGGACAGGAUGCACAAAUUGUAUGACGUGAUUUUCUUCAUAAACAACAACUUGCAGCUAAGGAAGAACAUUUUCGAGGUAUCCUCGGUCGGUGCGGAGGCUGUGUAUGCUUUCUUAACUUCCUGCAUCGAGGAGUACCUGCGUGCCAAGAAGACGGAGGCGUUCAUUUCGGAGCACCGCGAUUACCUAAACCACUUGAACAACUGUCUGAGCAAAAUCAAGAUGCUCAUAAAAGGGGAUCAGGAAAAUGUGCACAUGAGUCACGUCAUGAAUGUUCUGAAGAAUUCCAUCGUCAGAAAAGCAAUUUCCCUUUUGGACAAGUUCCAAUACGACAUGUGCGUGGAAGAGAUUUAUAACCUGAUCAAACUACAAAUGGUCGACAGCAGCAGUAACUUCGCAGAUGUGGAUAUCGAGAAGAGGAAAAAACUGGUGAACAUAUUUUCCUACCAAAAUAUUAGCGAUGAGAAGAAGUUCCUCUACAUGGACAUUUUGAACAAGUAA